GGCAAAAGGGUAACUAACUGCCAGGUUAAUAGUUGUGCAAAAACACAAGAAGACGUCUCAUAAUCAUAAGUUCCUUGUAGGACAUAAAGAGAUAAAACCUGGAGCCACCAAGUCCUUCUGGUCCUCCAGUCCAAGUACUGAUGGGCCAAUGGCAAGUGUACGUGGAUGAUGUCUCAGGAAGAAAGUUUUAUGUUCAUGCAGAAACAAAUGAAAGGACAUGGAAACCACCCAGAAUGUUCCAGUCAAACAGAGAUUCAAAGGCUGGAAUGCUAGACCCACAGAAAUCCACAUCAUCUAGUGUUGUCUUAGCAGAGCUACAGAGUCCCUGCCAUGCAAAUACUGGAGCUGUUCAAAUGAGAAAAAAGAGCGUCAUCAGCAACACCGACAGAAUAAACCAGACCAAGUCAAUGAUCUUAACAGACAGUGGACAAGGCUUGAAACCGAUCUCACGACAUCGAAGGAACCAUUCUCAGCACAGCUUGUCUGAAAUCACUGCAGCGGCUGGAAAACAAUCUUAUGUGGAAAAAGAAGGCUAUUUAAAUAAGACCAAAAUAGCUGAGGGAGGAAAAAAAUUAAGGAAAAACUGGAACACUGUCUGGGUGGUACUUGAUGGAGGAAAACUAGAGUUCUACAAGGAAUCGAAAGCAGCAGCCCUGGCAAAUAUAAAACCAGGUUACAAGCCAGACACAACUGAUCUAUCUGGUGCUCAUAUUGAAUGGACAAAUGAAAAAUCUAGUCGAAAGAAUGUAUUUCAGAUCACAACUGUAUCAGGGAAUGAAAUUCUGCUUCAGUCAGAUAUUGAUACCAUCAUAUAUGACUGGUACCAAGCUAUAAGAGAAGUUGUUGAUAAACUGCCAAAGCAACACUGUAAAUCAGGAGGACAGAGAGUAUUAAGUAUUCACUCGUCAGCAAGCACAGAACUGUUGGAUAAAUAUGUUGAUGAAAACAAGGAAGCUAAAGACAGCAAAAAAUCUCUUUUAUUUAGACUGAAUUACAGUGCCUCUGAGAACAACGAACGAAACAGAGUUAAAAGCAGGCUAAAGAAAUUUAUUUCAAGAAGACCUUCACUACAAACAUUGCAAGAAAAGGGACUUAUCAAAGAACAAGUCUUUGGCUGUCCCUUGGAAAUACUUUGUCAGAGAGAAGGUGAUACAGUUCCUCAGAUCGUGAAACUUUGUGUAGCAGCCGUGGAAAAAAGAGGUUUAGAUGCUGAUGGAAUUUACAGAGUGAGUGGAAAUCUGUCGAUAAUUCAGAAGCUGAGGUUUGCUGUAGACCAUGAAGAGAAGCUGAAUUUGGACGACAGCCAGUGGGAGGACAUCCACGUUGUCACUGGAGCACUCAAGAUGUUUUUCAGAGAGCUGCCAGAGCCGCUUUUCCCAUAUAGAUUCUUUGAGCACUUUGUAGAGGCAAUAAAAAUGCAAGAUUAUGGUGCACGUGUCCAGUCCUUUAAGAAUCUACUUAAAAAGCUGCCGUUAUCUAGUCACGACACAAUGAAGAUUCUCUUCAGGCAUCUAAGAAAAGUGGCAGCCAAGUCAGAUGUAAACCUGAUGACAAUGCAGAGUUUAGGCAUUGUAUUCGGACCAACUCUCAUGAGACCAGAAAAAGAAACUGGAAAUAUGGCUGUCUACAUGAUAUAUCAGAAUCAGAUUAUUGAAUUAUUUCUAACAGAGUACCCUGAGAUAUUUGGUCACAAUGUGGACUGAAAAAGCACAUUUCAAAGAAAUUAAUUCACUGUCUCAUAAUAUUGUCAUUCUGAAUACCCAGCUUUAUAACUAUAUACCAGUGUUUUGCUGUGUAAAAAUCAUCACAGUUUCAAUGAUAUUAACUUCAUUUCCUAUCAAAUCCUCUAGUGAUAUUCCAGUUGAAAGUGUGGGUAUAUGAAUAUAAAUGUGCAUUUAUUCAAUGUGAUUGCAACAAAUAAAAACAAAAUAGAGAGCAAGUCAGACUAAUGAAA